AUGAACACAGCAAGGCUCUUGAGGCUCCAGCCUCUUCGGUCGGCUGCUUUCAAGCAAGCUGCCUUCCGCCAGUCCGCCCAGAAACAAACCGCCAGACCAUUCCACAACAGCCGGACACUGUUCAGAUCAAAGGCGAGCACAAACACACGGUUCCCGUGUACAGCCCACACCAUCACCCAGAGAAUCCGCCAGCUCAAGAAAGUACCCCCGGAACUGCUCCCGCUCGGCGUGGUCAUUGCAUUCGCCCUGUUCGCCGCCGUAUUUGCCAUGGGUAGGAAGUUGUGGACCGACAAGACCCUUCGUUUGCAGAGAUCGGCUCAGAAACAUGAGUAA